CUUUCCUUCCCCACAACCCUUCCGGCGGCGGCGGCGGCGGCGCGCUCCCUCCCCUCCCCUCCCCACCGUCUCCGAUGGCCCUCGUCGCCGGCUCCUACGAACGCUUCAUCUGGGGCUUCUCCCUCAAGGCCCUGGCCGCCUCCUCCGACGAGGCCCAGGCCCUCGCGCCGCUCUUCUCCUACCCGGCCCACGCGGGGCCCAUCCGCUGCGUGGCCGCCGCGCCGCGGGCGGGCCUCGCGGCCUCCGGCGGCGCCGACGACUCCAUCCGCCUCUACGACCUGCGCGCCGCCGCCGACCUCGGUCCGCUCCUCGAUCCCUCCGCCGCCGUCUCCGCGCUCGCCUUCCACUCCAUCGGCCCCGUCCCGCGCAACCUCCUCGCCGCCUCCGACGACGGCCUGCUCCACCUCUACGACGCCGACGGCUUCGCGCUCCUCACCUCGCUCCGCGUCUUCCCGCGGGGCCGCGAGGCAGCCGACGCCCUCGCCGUGCACCCCUCGGGCCGGGUCGCGCUCGCCGUCGGCCGGGCCGGGGGCCUCUCCAUGGUCAACCUCCUCCGCGGCCGCCGCAGCUUCACCUGCCGCCUCGAGCGCCCCGCCUCGGCCGUCGCGUACGCCCAGGACGCCGCCGGCGGUGACCGCUUCGUGAUGGCCGCUGAGGAGAAGGUCACCGUGCAUGACUCCGAGGACGCCCGGAUCAUCCAUGAGAUGCGCUGCGACAAGAGGGUUCUCGCCUUAGCUCCAUCAAAGAAUGGAAUUCUUUACACCGGAGGAGAGGAUCGUGGUAUUACUGCUUGGGAUUUGACGAGCGGCAAGGUUUCAUCGCGCAUCGAGGGCGCUCAUUCAACUCGUGUAAAAGGGAUUGUCGUUUUCGAUGACCGGAAUGACGGAUCUGAAUCGAGCACUCUAGUUGCCUCGGCUUCAUCUGAUGGCAUCAUAAGGAUCUGGGAUGUUCGGAUGAUUGGUAGCGAGAAGCCUACUCCAUUGGCAGAGGCCAACACAAAAGCAAGGCUAACAUGCCUUGCUGGGACAUCAUUGAAAUGAGUUAAUCAAGUGAGAUGUUGAGUUUGAGUUGAACUAUCGAAGAGAGGAUGGACUACCAGUUUUGUGAUGUCAGUGUAGUCUAUGUAGUUCUUACUGGUGGAGGAAACAACAAGCUGGAAAUCCUGGAUGCAUGGUAAAUGUAUGGUAUGAGAGCUAGUCAUCGAUUAUACAUCAUCAUAGUUUGGCUUGAGGGCAUGGACUGGUUAGAUUAAUGUCAAGGCGAUUGCAAGAUCCGAUUGUAUCAAUCAAAAGUCUUCAGUGUAAACCAUUUUGUUCUAAUAUUAAGUGUGCAGGUUGCCACAAA